CGCAAGUCGGUCACGAGGCACAUGCCUCAGUAUGAUCUGUAGUGCGUGCGCGUGUCCGAAGGGUAUGCGGGCUCGAUCCCGAUGUGCUCUGUCACUUGUGUGCAAGUAACAAUCGAUGCGGCCGCCGGACGCAAAAAAAACUAAGGUGACGCGCUGUGGACGUUGUCGGUGGCCGUUAGAGCGAAACGGAGAGGUGAAAUUGGUGACUGGAAACGAAGAAAAGACCUCGGUGGUGUAUGUUUGGUAGGAUAAGGGGAAAUGUUGUGAACCGGCACCGCUGCAGGUGGUGGCUGUGAUGGGAGGGAGAAGGGCAACGAAAGAGGAAAGAAAGCCGGCAGCUGCACAAGAAAAAAGGAAACGAACCUGUUUCACUAGCAUAGGACGGGAGCAGACGGGCAGCUAAGUGACUAAGACACGAAAUUCUGGUGUUCCGGUCUGUAAAGCAUGAACAAAUACUCGGACAAAGCGUCCUUGCUCAGCUCCGACAGAACUAGCCCUUCGGGCGCCGGCGGUGAAUGGGAGCUGGGCGGCGAUGCGAUUAUGUGUAACUACGAUAGGGAGCACUUCCAUAGUGCUGUGAGCUCAUUGCCUACGGAUCAGGACCCCCAUAGCCACCACUUGCAGGACGGUGUGAUGCUGCGCUCGGGAGAAAAGGAUGACAACGAGGAGGAGGAGGUUGAAGAGGAUGCAGCAUACCACAGUAGUCCAAGUCCGCCACACUUGGAGCCGGGUGAGACCGACGGCAGCGUGCUUGAGACUAGAAGACGUGUUCGUUCUAGUAGCUCGAGGCACCGCUAUGAGGUGGUCACCGAGCUGGGCCCCGAGGAGGUGAGAUGGUUCUACAAGGAGGACAAAAAAACCUGGAAGCCCUUCGUGGGCCACGACUCGCUGAAAAUUGAGCUCAUGUACCGCAAGUUCUGUGAGCUGAACCCGCAAACCAAGGUCCAGCUGACCGUGACAGACGGAUCAGAAGAAGAAAUGGAGAAUGAUGGAGUGGCACCAUCAGGGAGCCCGGACGCAGAAGAGCUCGUGCCGGAUUCGGUCAGCGUCGAUGUAGAUCCGGUGUGUGUCAGAGGGGGGCUCUAUGAGGUGAACGUCAGGGAGAAGGAGUGCUACCCAGUGUACUGGAACCAGCAAGAUCGAAUCCCUGUGAUGCGGGGACAGUGGUUCAUUGAUGGUACCUGGCUGCCUCUGGAGGAAGAUGAGAGUGACCUCAUAGAGCUGGAGCAUUUGAGACGCUUCCGAGGGCAUCAAGUACAGGACAGCUUUGAUACAGACAUAGUGGCAAAGCCUGUGGACAGUAAGGAUGCUAUUCAUUCUCUGAAGCUGAGUCGUAGUCAUGUGGACUGGCACUGUGUGGAUGAAGUCUACCUUUACAGUGAUGCCACCACCUCAAAAAUCGCUCGCACAGUUACUCAGAAACUUGGAUUUUCCAAAGCAUCUAGUAGUGGGACACGGCUCCAUCGUGGCUAUGUGGAGGAAGCCUCUCUGGAAGAUAAGCACCCUCAGGCCACACACAUUGUUUUUGUUGUCCAUGGCAUAGGACAGAAGAUGGACCAGGGCAGAAUCAUUAAGAAUACAGGAAUGAUGAGAGAUGCUGCAAGAAAAAUGGAAGAAAAGCACUUUGCUGAGCGCGUUUCUGAGCAUGUCGAGUUUCUGCCAGUGGAGUGGAGGUCAAAACUCGCUCUCGAUGGAGAUACAGUGGAUUCCAUCACUCCUGACAAGGUGCGAGGACUGAGGGACAUGCUAAACAGCAGUGCUAUGGACAUCAUGUACUAUACCAGCCCUCUGUAUCGAGAUGAGAUUACUAAGGGAUUGACUCAGGAACUGAACAGACUAUAUUCCUUGUUCUGCUCUCGAAAUCCUGACUUUGAGGAGAAGGGAGGAAAAGUAUCUGUUGUUUCUCAUUCUUUGGGCUGCGUCAUUACAUAUGACAUCUUGACAGGUUGGGAUCCAGUAUGGCUCUAUCAGCAAGUACAGCAGGACCUUGAGAGUGUGGACUUUGGAUGGUUGAACUAUGAAGAACGGCAGCUAAUGGAGGAAUUGCAUCGUAGUAAGCAGAGAAUGAAGGAGAUUAAAGAACAGCUGUACAGAUUUCAUGAGUACUCAUCAGCUCCCCCACCCUUGAAAUUCAAGGUUGAAAAUUUCUUCUGCAUGGGGUCUCCGCUGGCUGUGUUCUUAGCACUGCGGGGAAUUAGACCAGGAAACAAUGGCAGUCAGGACCACAUAAUGCCUAAAUCAAUUUGUCAUCGGCUUUUUAACAUUUUCCACCCUACAGACCCAGUGGCAUACAGAUUAGAGCCUCUUAUUCUGAAGCAUUACAGCAAUAUUUCACCUGUUCAGAUCAACUGGGCAAACACUAUCAAUCCCAUACCUUAUGAGCAGGUGAAGCAAACUCUCAUCAAUCCUGUUAAAGAACCUACCUCAGCAUCAGACAAUGAGAGCACUCCCAGCCCCAGCACGUCACCAGUCAUGGCACGUCGGCACUACGGAGAGUCAAUCACCAGCCUUGGCAAAGCUAGUAUCUUAGGCGCAGCAAGUAUUGGGAAGGGGAUUGGAGGUAUGCUGUUCUCACGAUUUUCCCGUUCUAGUGCCAAUAUAUCCCAGGCAGCAGAGAGCAACAGUGCUGGACUGGAAGGGGAGGAUAAAAGAUCCCUGGAAAGCCAGACGAGUUAUACCAUGCCAAGUUUGUCUCAGUCCUCUUCUGCCAUUAUGGACUCCUCAGUGGAGCUAGAACACAGAAUUGACUUUGAACUGCGUGAAGGAUUGGUCGAAAGUCGAUACUGGUCAGCAGUGACUUCUCACACUUCUUACUGGUCCUCACUUGACGUGGCGCUGUUUCUGCUGACAUUCAUGUACAAACAAGACACACAAGAGCUCUCUGAGGACAGUCCAGACCCUCUGUAGUACAUUGUGAUCUCACUGUGUUACUGCUAUGCAGCUCAGACCUCAUGCAUCCUUUGCUGUGAGUUGCCCAACACUCAUUUGCACGAGAAACACACUAGGUAACAAGCACCUCUUAGACAGAAGGAGCACAGUUGGAAAAAUGGCUGUCUACUGUUGUAGCUGGAGCAAAACCGGUCAGUGACAUUCAGUUCUCACCUCUACAAAUAUGGUCUGGUUAUUUGUUAUUCCAGACCAAUGAGAGCCAGACAUGAAAUUUGCACCUGAAAAUGUUUAAUUUAUUUUUUUAGCUUUGUAGCAGUCUGGACCCAAAUUCAAUUGGUUGAUGCCUGCACAGAUGAGGAUGCUGGGUAAACUGUCACUUGCGUAUGCCAGUGGUUUAUCAUUGGAGCUUUUCUUUUGCUCGAUAGGUGGGACCUGCCAAACUUUCCUCAUCUCUUGUUUGAGGCCACACAGUUCAUUCCAUUUUUUUUUUUGUUUUUUUUUUUCCCCUGACUGCAGUAUGCAAAUUUAAAAGCUUUGAUUUGCUUGGGAUUUUUUAAUGUUAAAAAGAAGGAUGUAUUGUACAUAAAAGGUAUAUUUAAAAAGUGGUGUGGUGUUUAUUUUUUAAAAGCAGGUGUCAAGGGUUCAACAUACUAUAAAAUAAACUAUUUGGAACAGGCAUAUAUCAAAUUUUAAGAACAGUUUUAUAGGAAAAAUAAUAUAUUUUGUGUUGCCAAAGUAUUUAUAAUUCAUUACACAAUAAUGAUUAUAGGUAAAUAAACAUUAAAACAAAUGGAGAUUAAAACAACACAUGGGUUCAUCAUCCAACUUACUUAAAAGCAGAGAUCAUAGGAGUUUGUCAUUCUUGCAGAUUCUUAAGGAAAAAACAUCAAUGUUUGGUAACAAUUAACAAAACAAAGAUUUCUGGGAUGUUUCAGUGGGGGCUGUGGAUAUCAUAUUUCAGACUCUGAAUGCAGGAUGUUUUCUGGAGCUGUCUUCCUGCCUGGAAAGGGAGGAUGCGUGUUGAAUUGAGGUGCAGCUUUUCACAUAUGUUUCUCAUUACUCCACCAGAAGAAACCAAAGCCAUUCCCAUGCCUGCUAUAAUGGAAGUUAUUUCUCAUC